UCCAUCAAACCCAAAACCCCAAGCAGCUUAUUUCUCAGUUCAAAUUGAACUUACACAGUAUUUAAAUUAGCUCAGUGCUUUUGAUCUGAUUCAAUUCGAGUUGCAGAAAAUGGGAAAAGCCAAGGGAGAUGCUGCAAGAACCAAAUCUCGCCCCUCCAGCAGCAGCAUGGCUGCUUCACUGUUGCCGUCGGGCGCCACCGUGGUAGGGUUCGGAGGCUACGUUGGGAGUUCACGUGUGGACUCAUCACUCGCAUCGACGCCAGAUGCUGUUCCGGUAACGGAUAUUGACGGUGACCUGGCGCUGCAUUUGAAGCGGCUUUCGCGGAAAGAUCCCAUCACCAAGCUUAAAGCUUUGACAUCGCUUUCUCAACUUAUGGAAGAGAAAUCUGCAAAGGAAUUAGUAGUGAUCAUUCCUCAGUGGGCAUUUGAGUACAAGAAGCUGUUACUCGACUACAACAGAGAAGUUCGACGAGCAACACAUGAUACCAUGGCUAAUCUUGUUACUGUUGUGGGAAGAGACUUGGCUCCACACCUAAAGCCUUUGAUAGGACCAUGGUGGUUUUCGCAGUUUGAUUCAAUAUAUGAAGUUUCCCAAGCCGCAAAGCGGUCAUUUCAGACUGCAUUUCCGGCUCAGGAGAAACGAAUUGAUGCCUUGAUGUUCUAUUCAACUGAAAUAUUUACAUACAUAGAAGAAAAUCUGAAGCUCACUCCACAGAGUUUGUCUGAUAAAGCCACUGCAUCUGAUGAACUUGAAGAAAUGCAUCAACAGGUGCUUUCUUCAUCAUUACUCGCAGUAGCAGCUCUUUACGAUAUUUUCUUCGCUCGGUCUGGUUCAGAAUAUGUAACUGGUGAAUCGAAGUAUGGAGUGAAAGCCCGGAGUGUAGCUCUUACUUCUGCAGAAAAGUUGUUCUCAAAUCAUAAUUAUUUUCUAGAUUUUCUAAAGUCUCAAAGCCCAGUUAUUAGGUCAGCUGCAUAUUCAGUUAUUAGAAGUUGUUUGAAAAACAUUCCUCAUGCAAUCGGUGAAGGAGAUAUGAAAGUUCUUGCGGGAACCAUACUUGGUUGUUUCCAGGAAAAGAACCCAGCUUGCCAUUCAUCAAUGUGGGAAACUUUGUUUCUUUUCACAAAAAGCUUUCCAAACAGUUGGGCCUCUGUGAAUGUUCAAAAAACCAUAGUAAACCGAUUAUUAAAUUUUCUUAAGAAUGGCUGUUUUGGAUCUCAGCAAGUAUCAUAUCCAUCUCUGGUUCUGUUUUUGGAAAUAGUACCUUCAGAAGCAAUCAAUGGGGAGAAAUUUCUUAUUGAGUUUUUUAGAAGCCUCUGGGAAGGAAGAAGCCUGUCUUAUUCAUCACAAGCAGAUCAGCUUGCAUUUUUUCUUGCAGCAGAAGAAUGUUUUAUUUGGAGCUUGCCAAAUGCUUCCAGAUAUGUUGAUGGGGAAGAUGGCAUUUACCAUCUACAGUGUAAGCUUGUAGAUGAGAUUCUGCUAGGCCUAUUCUGGCAUGACUAUUUAUCGUCAGCCAGCUCAAAAGACCAGGAUGUACCCUUUUCAUCAUACUCUCUGGGCCAUUCAAAUAGUAGCAUCCAGCCUAUUUAUAAGGAGUCAAGAGAAGUAGUGAAAAGUAAGUAUUCGAGGGAUCGUGAGGAAAGUCUUGGGAAAUGCAUCAUUAAGAUCAUUUCUGGGAUUCACAGCAUAAAACACGAUCUGCUCUUGAUUUUUUCUUCAAAAUUUCAAGCGGGUUGUUUGGAUAUGUUUCAGAAAACAGAGUAUUCUUCUCAAAAAAUGCAGAAGAUAGUCAAAUUUAUUUUACUACUUGAUGGGGUGCAGAAAGGAGAGACAUGGCCUUUGCUGGACUUAGUCGGACCCACUUUGGCAAAGUCUUUCCCAUUAAUUGGGACACUCGACUCACUGGACGCAGUUCAGAUAAUUUUGGUUUCUGUAUCUGUAUUUGGACCUCGCAAGAUAACUCAAGAGCUUACAUGUAGUGAAUUGGGAGAGGAACAGUUUCUGAAAUCAUUCAAUGAGAUAAUUGUUCCUUGGUGCUUAAAAAUAUUUAGUCCAUCUACUGCUGCUAGAUUGGAUCUCUUGCUUGCCUUAGUUGAUGAUGAGUGCUUCUCAGAGCAGUGGGAUGCAAUUAUUUCAUAUAUAGUGGACAGAGAAAAGGUUGGUUUUGAUCCUGCGGCUGUGGAUAGAAACUGCAUAUCUGUCUUGGCUAUUUUAAUGGAGAAGAUAAGGGAGAGAACUAGGAUGACUGUUCGACACUCUGCAUUGUGUCAAGAAAACUGGCAUCAUGAACUUCUGGAUUUGGUUGCUGUUCAUGUUGCACAAGCCUAUCCCCCGUUUGGAAAUUCUGAUGCUCAAUUUUUGUGCGCUGUCCUCGGUGGAGGAUCAAAGGAUGAUAAUAUUUCCUUUGUCUCAUGGAACACAUCAGUUCUGAUAUUCAUGGAAGUCAGAAAGUGGCUAAUGACUUUUGUGAUGGAUUCUACAUUUUCUUGGGUUAAAGAUCUAGGUUCCUUUUUGUUUAACGGGAGAAGUCUUUCACACCGGAGUAUGGGAUCUUCUGAUACUGUUUUGGAGAAAACUCAUUUUGCCCUGGAUAUUCUCCGUGGUAGUUCUUUUUCUCUCAGUACAGUUGAGGCUGAAAGCGAGCUUCUUCAAGACAUAUUGGCUGCUGUUUUCAUAAUAGACUGGGAAUUUAACUGGGUUAAUGUUUCUGAGCACAAGUUUGAUGAAGAGCAUUCAGGAAAGACUGGGACCAGGUUGUCAUUUUAUGAGGCCGUCCAUGACUUCCGGUGCAAAGCAUGCGGACAGUUAUUGAAAGUGUUUGCUGUAAAUAGCCGGAAGGUUUUGGCAACUGCUUUGGCACAGGCAAUAAAAUGCACUAUGUUUAUGGAUAGUAUAUAUUCUUCAGAGAAUUUUAUUUCUUCCUGCUGCCAUUGGGCACUUGAUAUUUUUGAACUUUUCUGUCAAGACCAAGUUGAGGAACAACAGUUGUUGGACCAGUUAUUGAGUAAGAAUGAGUUGUGGCCAUUAUGGGUCGUACCAGAUAAGACUGGAGCCAGAUUGAGAACUGACAAUGUUCCUACUCAAGGACCCAAAAAUUCCAAAUUUGUUGCUCUGGUUGACAAACUAAUAUCUAAACUUGGAUUUGAUAGAAUAAUAGCUGGUUCUGUAUUUGAAGCAUCAGCUUCUUCUGCUGAGUGUUCUGUGGAUAACUUGGCAAUCAGUCAAUCACAUUAUUAUCGGCCUUGGCUUGCCGCUGAAAUUUUGUGCACAUGGAAAUGGCUAGGCGGCAGUAUUUUCAGUUCCUUUUUACCUUCUUUAAUCAGCUACGUGAAGAGUAGAGAUCAUGGUUUAUCAGAUUCAAUUUUGAGAAUUCUGCUUGAUGGUGCCCUUGUCCAUGGAGCUGGAAAUGGGUUAAAUCUCUUAUGGCAUGCUUCAGCUGAUGAGUUAGAGGCUGUUGAGGAACCCUUUUUGAGAGCGCUAGCAUCUUUACUCUCUACAUUGUUCCAAGAAGAUGUUUGGGGAAAUGACAAGGCUGCAUCACUCUUCAAAUUAUUACUGGAGAAACUCUACAUCGGUGAUGCUGUGAAUUCAAAUUGCUUGGAGGUUUUACCAUCUGUUGUCAACAUACUUAUUGUCCCUUUGGUCAUUGGAUAUGGAGAUUCUAUGAACAAUCAGCAUGAUCUGUAUAGACUAAGUGAAUUCCAUAGUGCAACAAUUGACUGGAUCAAGAAAACCAUAUCGUUCCCCGCACUGAAUACAUGGCAUACUGGAGAAGAUAUGGAGGACUGGCUUCAUUUGGUUAUUUCUUGUUUCCCUGUAAAAAUAACAGAGUUGAUAGGUGGGGUAAAACCAGGGAGGUAUGUCUCCCACGUGGAGAGAACCACGUUGUAUGAUCUGUUUCUGAAGCAGAGGCAGGGGGCCUCGGCUGUUAUAAAUAAGCUACCUUUAGUGCAGAAGCUGAUGUCGGAGUUGGUUGUUAUUUCAGUUGCUUAUUGCUGGGAAGAUUUUGACGAAGAUGACUGGAAAUUUGUUAUGCAUCAGCUAAGAUUUUGGAUCGAAGCAGCAGUAGUCAUGAUAGAAGAAAUUGUUGAAAAUAUCAAUCAAACUUUAACAGAUGGACCUAAUGAUUCCAAUGCUUCAUUAGAUAAGAUUAAAAUAAAUGUAGUAAGUAUUGAUUCUUUUGCCAUAGAACUUGCAAGAAAUGCACUUGUUGGGUUUUCUUUGCUUUGUUCCCUCAUCAAACCAUGGGACAAGUUACAGGAUGGAAAUGUAAAUCCUUUAGGGGAUGAUAAAUGGGAAUUCAUCACUGAUCGUAUAUUCGAAGGUGUUCUGCGUUUGUUUUUCUGCACUGCUGUGACAGAGGCAAUAGUGAAUGCACGUUGUCCUGAGGCUUCCUCUAUUAUUGCAUUGUCUAGACUUGAUCAUCGUAGGUUCUGGGAGUUGGUUGCUUCAUGUUCUGUUCAGUCUAGUCCACAUGCAAGAGACAAGGCUGUUAAAUCAUUAGAGGUUUGGGGGAUGAGUGAAGGAGCUAUAAGCUCUUUGUAUGCUUUAGUGUUUUCAUACAAACCUUUCCCACCUCUGCAAUAUGCGGCUUUUAUUCUUCUAUCGACUGAGCCUGUGGUUCAAUCGGCUAUUACAUACUGUAGGGAUGAUGGUACAACCAAUAAUGAGGAUUCUCUGGAUACACCAUCAGAAAAUGCUCAUUUAAGGGAAGAAAUUUCUCACAAACUAGAAAAAUUACCUCAUGAAGUUCAUGAAAUGGAUUUGGUGGCACAUGAACGGGUAAAUGUAUUAGUUGCUUGGUCUUUACUGCUAUCACAUAUAGUAUCCUUGCCAUCAUCAUCACCUGAAAGGGAGAGAAUGAUCCAAUAUGUGCAAAAUUCUACGAACCCAGCAAUACUGGACUGUCUUUUCCAGCACAUUCCCUUGGACCCAUACAUGGGCACCAGUUCAAAGAGAAAAGAUAUAGAGCUUCCUGCAGAAGUCUCUGAAGCAGCUAAUGCUGCAAGACGUGCUGUCACAUCAAGUUCGGUUUUGUUUUCUCUAGAGUUGCUUUGGCCCAUUGAACCUGCAAAAAUGGCUUCACUCGCCGGUGCAAUAUUCGGUUUGAUGCUUCAUAAUCUUCCAGCAUACGUCCGAGGGUGGUUUAGUGAUAUACGUGACCGCUCAGCAUUAUCUGCCAUUGAAUCUUUCACAAAAGCAUGGUGUAGCCCAACAUUGAUCUCAAAUGAAUUAUCUCAGAUUAAGAAAGCUAGUUUUGCGGAUGAGAAUUUCUCCAUUGUCGUGAGCAAGUCAGCUAAUGAGGUUGUGGCCACCUAUACAAAGGAUGAAACAGGGAUGGAUCUAGUGAUUCACCUUCCUCCAUCAUAUCCCCUGAGACCUGUUGAUGUAGAUUGUACCAGAAGCCUUGGCAUUAGUGAGGUCAAGCGAAGAAAAUGGUUAAUGUCUUUGAUGGCAUUUAUCCGCAAUCAGAAUGGGGCCUUAGCUGAGGCAAUAAGGAUAUGGAAAAACAAUUUUGACAAGGAAUUCGAAGGAGUUGAGGAGUGCCCUAUUUGUUACAGUGUCAUCCAUACCGUCAGCCAUAGUUUGCCACGUCUUGCAUGCAAGACCUGCAAGCAUAAAUUCCAUUCGGCUUGUCUUUACAAGUGGUUCUCGACUUCUCACAAAUCAACAUGUCCAUUGUGCCAGUCUCCUUUCUGAUGCUGUAAACUAUUAUAUGUUUAUGGCUGAAAUGAUUUCAAUCUCAGCUGCAUCAUAUAUUCCAAUUAGAGCCCUUUCGCACUGCAACACUCAAGUACAGAACCGUGCUUCUGAAAGACGAGUUGUGGUGAUCACGGGAUCACCCACGUGCUCUUUAUGUUUCUGAUCCCUGGGCUCCUUUUGUUGUGCCUAGAAACAAUGAUUUGAAUCCAUCAAGAUUCAGUAUCUUAAUAGAACUGACAAGGCAUAUCUGAAACCACCCACCUUGGUAAAUUACGAGGAAUCUACCCAUUUUGUAUUUGAAGAGACGAAGUAAUUAGAUGUGACAAUAGGUGCAUGCUAAAUUUUGGAAAUUUUACAUGGAUAUUUACUUUUCCCAACUUGUAAAUUGUAACGUAUUUGUAUUAGAGUUUUGAGGCAGAAUUUUGAAAUCGAAUAUUUAAAUCUUCACGAUUUUCA